AUGUCUGAGAUUGAGGGUCGCAAUUUGCGCAAUGUGUUGCUGGCCCGUCGAGCGAAUAUCAAGGGCUACGUCACGCUACACUCUUACGGUGAGAAUCUGCUCUAUCCAUGGGGCUACAACGUACGGACUUAUCCAUCGGAUGUGACGGAUUUGAUAAACAUGGGACGAGCGAUGAGUCAGGCGAUCCAGCGGGUACACGGUACCCGAUAUGCAGUCGCCAACGCCGCCGACUUGCUCUAUCCAGCUGCCGGGGCGUCAGAUGACUAUGCUAAAAGCAUUGGCAUUAAAUAUGUAUAUACGGUUGAGCUGAGGCCGGGAGAGAAUGAUCGGGAGAAUGAUGAAAAGUACGGCUUCGAACUUCCUGCGGCUUACAUUCAACGCACCGGUGAUGAGGUGUUUCAAGGUGUUCUCGUGCUGGCCAGAAGGGUUGCCGGG